CAAUGGCGUGGGGAGCAAUAGCGACAGUGACCUUGGCGAUGCUGGGUACCGUCGCCCCACAAUACUUCGUCGAGAAGGACACCUCCAGUGUCACCGUUAACCUAUCUAGCAUCUACGACUUCAGCUUCGAUCUCUACCGACAACUUUCGCCCAAAGGCAGGGCCGAGAACAUACUAUUCUCGCCCUAUAGCAUUUGGGCCGCACUAGCCAUGGCGUACUUCGGGUCAGAGGGAGACACGAAGAUACAGCUAAAAGCAGCACUCAGGGUUACGGACAAGAUAUCAACACUGAAGCUGUGGCGCAAACUUGGGAUGAAGUACUCAGAGAAUGCCACAACCGUGACCCAGCACAGCCUCAGUGUUGUCAACCGCGCCUACUUCGACGAGUCUCUCACACUGCGACCCUACAUGUCCAAGAUCCUCCACAGUGAACUUAAACUGAUCGACUUCUCAGACCUUCAAGAAUCUGCGGCCACAAUCAACGCGUUUGUAUCCAACACCACUAACGGCAAGAUCCCAACCUUGUUGAGUCCUGAUGACCUGGUGUACGCUGUCAUGCUCCUCAUCAAUGCUGCUUACUUCAAGGGCACCUGGAAGUACCAGUUUGAUUCCUCCUCAACAGCGUCCAAGCAGUUUUUCGUGUCCCCUGGCAACCCUGUCGACGUGCUCAUGAUGAAGACGAAGACCAAGCUCAGGCUAGGUAAGUUGUGUGAUGGCAAGACCUAUAAUGUUGAAGAUUCUGUCCGUUUCCACCAGGGUGAUAGAUGUCUCAGAUAA